CCAUGAUAUACUCCCGAGGCAGCCCACACAUACUAGGGUCUCGUAUUUUCUUAUUUUCGAAACAUAUAAGUCUAGAUAGCACUUGAAAUGUUGAACAUGGCAUUCUAUAAAAUCCCUGUUCGCGCCCGUACUCUCUAACAUUAGAUAGAUGACGGAUAUCAACGUGGCAGCAAUAUCAUUAUUCACUAGCUACAGCUAGACUUGAAUGCAUCCAAAGUAUUUAAAGGUAAACUAAUACACCAUGGAACCCAAUUCGACAUCAGGGUUCCAGUUCAUCACAUCCAUAAACACCGUAGCCCGCGAUGACGAGACGCGCCGAAAAGUGCGCUCACACGCUCGACGACAGAAGCUCACCAACAACCCCAGCGAGCCGACGAAGUCUGGGUCGCAAAAGGAUCACACCUCGAGGUUCAGGCUUAAGCCGACCAAGGGUAGCGAGAAGCAGCAGGAAAAGAAGCUGAGCAAGGCCAACUGGCUUACCGUGAGCGUCGCGCGGGAGCUCCCCAACUUCACAUUGCUGCACAUCGAGAAAACCUCGUUGACGGAAAGCCUAAUGAAGUACUGCAUGGCUGUGUGUCUGUCCCCGCAUGAGAGCGUUGUGGAGAGAUGGUUUGAUCGGGCGGGGACGCCGACGUACUUGAAUACAUACUACUCCGGUUUCCUUGCCAAUACGUUUGCGAUGAACCCUGAAGGCACUUGGGUCGAGGCACUCCAAGUCGAUAAAGCCGCCACACAUGCCUUCAUUGCCAUGCUAGCGGCAAUGCACAAUGCCCUGGCGAGGUGGGCCGACACAAGCACCGUAGAUUUCCACCGCUUCCAGGCAGUGAAGUCGAUUAACGAGCGGCUGAACCUGGAGGGUAAGGACAGCAAUAAGCCGAUCUCGGAUGGUCUUGUCGUCGCCGUUUCUCUCCUGGUCAAUAUAGAAACGUUUAUCGGCUCACUUCAGGCUGCGGCGGCGCAUAUGAGUGGCCUGAAGAGGAUGGUGGACCUUAGGGGCGGUAUCGUGGAAGGAUUCAAACAUAGUAGCAUUCUUCAACGGUCAAUAUCAUGGGCCGACUACUCAUACUCCACCGCGGCACACCAGCCGUUAGUGUUCCCCUUUAUACCGCAACUAGCGUCUUCGCUCCCUUUACACGACCGCUUCAUGAGCCGAUCUAUGUUGGCAAAUAUGGAACCACUAGGUUUAAGGGAUCUGACAGUCCAGAACCGCGAAGCGCUCGAGCUUUUCGAACUGCUGUAUUCGAUCACCGACUGCAUAAACACCUUCGAUUACAGGACCCUCAAGAGCGCGUACAGCCAAAAAGUCCAAGUAAGCAACUCGAUAUAUCUGGUAGAGUGGCGGCUCUGCCAGCUGGAGCAGUUAUCGCGGUCGCGACAAUCAUCAAGGAGAUCCGGAUCCGUUCCGCUACUUCCAUCGAUCGAGGGCGGCAGGCCGCCACGGCAGCCUGCGCCGACGGAUUUGUCCGACGUUCUUAUCUAUGCAUCGCAUCUGUUUCUGCAUCUUGCUAUCCGGGGCUUACCUCCCUCGGCGCCACGACAUCGAGUCUUGGUGGAAUCGCUCAUGUCAGCUCUCUGCGACCCUAUCCUAACCCUAGAUCUCCUCUCCCCUCCGAAGCCGAACGAGAGCACCACCGAAGGGUCGCUCAGCCGAAGCGACGACCCCGACCCAGAGCAAAGCGCAUUUCAAGCCAGCACGCCGAGAGACGAGCUACACGCCAACAUUCUCCUCUGGGCCCUCUUCCUCGGGGCCUGUGUCCGCGUGCCCAUCUCGCUGGAUGCUUCGGUCUUACUUGGCGACUACCACGGCUUCUUCAUCACCGCCCUGAAGAACUAUUGCAAGAUGAGGGGCAUCGUGAGGAGAGAGGAGUUCUCAGCAAAGCUGAAAGACAUUGUGUGGAUAUUUAGCUGGAGCGAGCAUCAGCUGACGCUGGCGUGGCAGGAGAUUAACGAUGGCCGCGAUCCAGAGAUGGCGAUAGGUGUCCCAGUUGAUCUGAACGUGAUUGCUCAGCCACAAUUACAAUAACAGUGACAAGAAGCUUCUAUGGCAGCCAAGUUAGUAAUGUAUAAUCAUAAUCACAUAACGACCAAGGGGUGAUAAAUGUUCCGCUAAGCAUUAGCCUAGGUUAGGUAAGUCCCAAUAACAAUAACCUAGCCCAGCCCAUAUUCCAGACCUUUCUACCUUUAUUUACGACUAUCUUGUCAUC